GUUUAAGAAAAGCGAUGGAUGGAGUGUGGAGCAGUAUGUCGAGCAAUUUAAGGUUACGAUUAAAGAUAAGAUAUCCGAGUAUGUUACGGAUGAAUUAUGUGAUAAGAUAACUGCUGCUCUUAAGAAAUUCACUGAUCCUAUUGCAAAUGACGAAGGAGAUGUAGAGGGCUCUCUUGAUGUGAUUCAGAAGGCAGUUGUUACCUGUGCGGGAAAGUACAAAAAUUUUGAAAACAUAGUGAAAGUUUGGUUAAAAACUAUAUUAUUGACAAAUGGCGAAAUUAAAGGAUCAUUCGAAAAGUAUUUAACAGGAAAUGAAGGAAAUUUGCAACUUCAAUAUAAAGGUGUGGCCAACAGUAGAAUCAGGAAUGACAACAUUGGGAAUAUCACAGACGUAAUUAUAAAAAGACUCUCACAAGAAAGCCAACAAGCUCAGUCUGCGGUAUCCGCACAUGGGCAUUAUAAAGACGGCGUAGAGAGCGAUUUAAAGUCUAUCCAGAAGUGUCUCCAAACGUUUGCGGAACAAAUCGGGAAUAAAGUUACUGGCGGUACAUUCGAAGCAUUAUUGAACGGCAUUGUCGCUGAUAUGCAUAGCGCAGUACAAAUGACGGACAAAAUAACUACCAAUAAUUACAUAGAUCUUAAUCGCGCGCUACGUUACACCUUCUAUCAGCUACUUGGUAUUGCGCAAGGUGCAGCGGAGAAAAUCGAUGAGCUGCUUGCGCAAUGUAAACUUGCCAAAGUAGAUGAGGCCAUACAGCGUGUUGCGGGUCUUCCAGAAAAAAUGUCGACUGAACUAACUCCGGUCCCCGGCAUGAAAAAAUUGGGCAAUAACAUUGAGGAAGACCUAAAAGGAAAAGUUGAUGAUAAGAAUGUAGACGCUGCGCUAGCCACUCUUCUUCGCGAAGCGGCCACUAAUGGUAUCGGGAAACUGCAGGUGGCGGUGACUGCAAUGGUUGAUGGCCCACCUAAAAUGAUUAAUACCACGCUUAAGGAAAUCAGAGAAGAGCUGGAAAAGCUGCAAACAAGACUGCAUGAUGAAGGUGUAACUCAUGGUGCAGACAACGGAGACUCUCCAUUGGAAAAAGAUGCCAAUGAGCUUCACAAAAAAAUUGAAGAAUUUGUCACAACUACGGUGGGUAAGGAUUCAACUCAGAAAGGCAGCAUCUACGCAGAAUUGAAUGGACUUAAAAAAAUAAUAAAGACGCUUGGAGACAAAGUUGAGGAGGUUUCAAGUAAUGUGGAUGAAGUUCAAACCCAGCUUACGCUUCGUAUCAAGCAAACCAAUGAGUUGCUGGCAGGUGCCACCGAUAAGGCGAACAGGCUGAUGAGUGAAUUGCAUGUCGUAAUUGAUGCCAAAACUACAAAAAUAUCGCAGGAAAUCCAGAAACAUGCCAAACAUAUCUACACCAAACGAAAAACUCAAGAAGUUACCGCCCUGCAAGAAAUCGUUAACAAGCAGUUCAAUGAAAUUGAUGACAUCAUCAAGGCUGACAUCACAUUGGGCCUCAAAAGCUAUUUAUCAAAAUUGCAAAACCAAUUCAUGCCACCGCUUAGUUCUUUCACUCAACCUGCACCCCGUGCCCAGCUACCCGAAAAGAAGCUCUCCGACCUGGCGCCAAAAGUCAAAGACAGUUUCAAGAAUCUCUUCGAUGCACUCUAUAUCCAACCCGACCUGCUGCCACUAACAGGCCGUAUCCACGCAAUUUCCAAAGCUCUCGACACCCUGCUCGCUCCCCUCACCCGCUACGACAACACUUUUACCAAAAAUCUGGCGAAGGUAAAAAGCGAGAUUGACGACUUCGCCCAGCAGACGUAUGCCAACACCGCGCAGAAAGUGUCCAGGAGUCUCGUCCCAGGGUUGAGUGCGUUCGUGAGGGAAUUGGAAAAGGCGUACGUGAGGGUGUAUGAUAACGGUAGAAUAUUUAAAUGGGAAUCAAUUGAUGAAAGUGAAAACCAAAUGAUGUCUAAAAUCUGUUUCACUGUGGUCUCCAUACUUCACAACGCCUUGAAAGUUAUUAAGAAAUAUGGAGGAGUAAGAUGGAAAUUCGAGCAAAUAAAACAAUCUAGCGAACUCGGUAAAUUCUUUGUAAAUCAAGGAUACAGAGUUUCCGAGAACGAUAAAAAACACUGGGAGCUUCAGGAGAAGAUUAGUAUGACAGGCCAAACAAUCCACAAACGCCUCGUUGGGGAUGACGACAACCAUGUUUACAAAACAGAUAAUAUGAAGAACAGCGCACUGGAAACUCUACACGAACAUCUUGAGACGUAUUACCAAGUCAGCCACGUUGCCACAUUCAACUCCAAAAAACGACCGUGUAACGUAUUUGAAAUGCUAUGUUGGCUAUCUGGCCUGCCGUGCAAUGACGUUUAUGGCGAAUUGUUACAAACUGGGCUUAGUGGACCAUUUGAAGAUCCCAAGAAACAAAAAACAGAAGAAGGCGAAGACUUUGAAUUCACCGUCACUACACCGGAUGCGUUGCAGAUGGAAGCGUACCCUAAGGACAUUACGUACGAGGGUGUCGCCGAAGUUCCUCGCUAUCUGUGCUCCAAAUCCUACGAUAUCCUGACUACGAUUUGUGGAAAUGGUGACGCGUACACCCAGUACGCGGUGGAUUUCUGUACCAACUCAUUGAACUUGCAUUACCCAUCAAAGGGAGAGGAGUGUCUUGACAUGCUGCUGGACAUACUUCGCCGGCUGUUUCCUGUAUUGCAGUUCCUACAAACUCAAUGCA